AGUCCAUAACGUUCAGACAGAGAAAUAAUAAAACGGCACGCGGUGCUAACUUGACCCGCAUAAUAUAUUUUACAAUAACAGAUAUAUGAUGCACCCAGGAGGGUCAAGUACUUUUGUCACACUGACCACUCGUACGACCUAAAAAAUUAAUAAGUACCUCGAGAAUCGUAGAAUCGCAGUUUAAAUCUAAUGAAUUUUUUUACUGAUAAAUUACAUUUCUUACUAUGCUUAUUAAUUUUUUCGGAGUAUCUAUAUUAUUUGCUGUAUCACGUAAUAAAAGUUUAUACAAGAGUCUAUAGUCACGAUGUAUUCAGAAAAAAAUAUAAUCGAAAUGGCUGAGUCGUACACUUGUUUACGCCUAGAUAAUCGUUACGUUUUCCAGGUUGAAGUUUACAAAAAAGAUAAUAAGAUAUUCUUCGAACUUGGCGAUAAAGAAAUUCAAUUUGAGAAAUUAAAAGUUGGACAACUCGUGGAGAUUAUCUCUCGUAAAGGAAAAUUUGAAGAUUCUGACAGACUGAAUCUUUGGAAAGUUGACGUCAGUAAAAGUAGGAUUGGUUCUACUGAAGACGAAAUUAGAGAACUUGGAGGCGUAUCUAUGGAACCUGAAUGCAAUUUUAAAAAAUAUUUUGAAGCUGAUUAUGGACCUACGGAGAAUAACAUCCACAUUAUUGCUGUUAUCCAAACCACCUACACCGGUAAAAGAAACCUGGAUGAUUCGGACGACAGAAAAAGAAAAAGACACCGCACUUUCGCGCCUUCCAACAGGGUGCAUGAUGAUAUUAACUACUUCAUUGAACCUAAAGAAGCUGUUGAAAGGUUGGGAAAUUUUCUUCGUGAUGGCAAGUUCUGUCUCCUAUGUGGGCAUCGGCAGAGUGGCAAGACAACUACUGCUUAUGCAAUAGAAGAAUGGCUCUUAACCAAUUGCGAUAAAGAUGUUUACGUCAUGAACUUAAACAACGGGAUUGUGAUUAAUGAUGGACCUGAGAAAUUCUGGUGGUCUAUAUGCUGUCAAUUAGAAUCCUUAGACAAGAACCGGUUCUCUUUUGAUAAGCGUGAGGAGGCAUCAUCGCUUACAUUUGUGGGAUUCUUUUCAAACCCAAUCAUCCCAAUGCAAAGGAAUGCAUUCUUAUAGUAGAUGAAGCUUCAUAUAUUUGUGGAAAUGAUGGCGACGAAACUAUUAUUCAAAGCUUCAUUGGAGUAUUGCGAUCUCUAAAAGAUGGACGUCGUAAUCAAUUCGGCUUGUAUUCUAUCUUACUCGUCGGCACCGAACUUAUAAAGGAGUUCCUGAAAAAUCAUCAACGAGCUGGUUCUGCAUCAAUUAUUUCGCCUUUUUCAGCUGAGACAUGCUUGACAUCAACCAGGUUUACUCGAGCAGAGAUCCAGGAGCUUCUUCAUCAGUAGUGACAACAGAAACUUUGAAUUAGAUGAAAAUGAAAUUUCUGAGGAAAUUUACUUACUCACCCAUGGGCACAAGGGUCUCGUUG